AUGUCGACAAAGGGCUGUGAUUCACUCAGAAACAUUAACAGUUCGAGAGCAGAUUGGAAGGUGAAGGCAAGAGUUAUCAGACAAUGGAGAGGAUCCACUAACACUGGGAUUGUUUUUAAGAGCUACAACAUUUUGUUGCUUGAUGCAAAGAACUGCAGGAUGCAUGUCUUCAUACCCGCGGCUAUAGCAGACAAAAUGUCAAGUAUAAUUGAAGAAGGAAAGAUUUAUCUGAUCAAAAACUUCACUGUCAAGGACUUUACGGAAAAAGACAACUACAGGGUCGUGCACAUGGAUAAACAAAUUUCCUUCACAACUGAAACAAGGGUCAAGGAGUUGGAUGAUAGUGAAAUCUUUAUUCCAACUAACAACUUUGAUUUGUUUCAGUUUUCAGAUCUGAAAUCCCAGGCUACACAAGAUGUCUAUUUGACAGAUGUUAUUGGCAUAAUUAAGAGUAAGGAAGAGAUUAGCAGGAUCCCAAAUAAACAAGUAAAGGUCAAAUUUGUGAUCACUGAUGGCAGUAAAAAUGUCAAUGUUACUUUCUGGAGAUCGUUUGCGGAAGAGUUUGAACAAGCUAUGUCAAAAGAACUCCAGCAGCCGGUGAUAAUUAUAAUUGCAAGUGCACGAGUGACUCAAUAUAAAGUUAAAGAAAAAAAAUUAGGACCAAAUAAUAACCUCAAUCAAACCAGGUUGGAAGAUCCUAAUUUCUCCAAUUCAAACCUGGGAAGGAUUAAGAAAGAAGUUACAACUUUUAACAUCGACCAAAUCCUAAACCUCAGCAAAGACUACAACCAGGAAGAGGUCAUUUGUAAGGGAACAAUAAAAACAGUGGAAGAAAAAACGGAUUGGAAGAGGUACAUUUGCACUGCAUGCUAUAGGCAAACUCACACUAAAGAUGGAUUACAGUAUUGUUCUGCAAGACUAACUACCCUACAUUUAAGGUUUCAUAUCACCACGGUUGUGGCUGAUAACACCGGUGAACUGAAGGUCGUCCUCAAAGAUCGUGAAAUUCGGAACUUGAUACACAAAUAUGUGGAAGAGGUCGACAGUGAGGAUGAUUCUUUCCCAGAAGCAGUUAGAUCUAUUCAAGGAAUGCAGUGCAGUUUCCAACUAUUCGUUACAGCAAAUAAUGUGGAGGAGAAGAGUUCUAAAUUCAUGGCGACAAAGAUAAUUAAGGGAUUCAACACUGAAGAAGAUGUGGCAGAGCAGGAACAAACACUUGAAACAAUGGAAAACCUCGGCUCUCAGGAAUGGACAUGUGGAUAA